UUUUUCGUGUUCCUAAGGCGAGCAGCAAAAGACCAGUGGAUAACAAAGAUAUCUUCAAUCUAGGAAUACUCUGCACCUGUGACUGCUCUUUUGGGAGCAGGCAGAGCAGCUUGAAACCGAGUUCCCCCUCAAGGUUGAAAAGGCAAGGAGCUCCAAAAUGGUCUACGACAUGACCCACAUGGCGGCGGGUCCGCCUCAAAGUAUUUCACUGAGUCGCUACUAUUUGCCCGAUGAGGAUGAGAUGGUGGGUGCGAAUAAUCCGCACCUGGUGAACGAGGAUUAUGCGGCCAGUACGACGUUGGACAUCGACAAGCGUUUCCAGGCGCGAAUGGCCUGUGAAACGGCCGCCCAACCGGCACCGCCCCCGCCGCCCACGCCGGCCCCUCGUCGCCGGACCACGCCCAUUGCCCACCUGGAUCCCUCGGAACUGGUCGGUCUGUCGCGGGAGGAGCGUCGUCGCCGGAGGAGGGCCACUCUGAAGUACCGGACGGCACAUGCCACCAGGGAACGCAUUCGGGUCGAGGCCUUCAAUGUCUCCUUUGCCGAGCUGCGCAAGCUGUUGCCCACUUUGCCGCCGGACAAGAAGCUCUCCAAGAUCGAGAUCCUCAAGCUGGCCAUCUGCUACAUUGCCUACCUCAACCAUGUGCUGGAGACCCCCUGAGACAGCGCCGGCGCCUCCAGCUUCGCCACCAGUUGCCUCUUCAACGAGGAAAAUUUCUUCGCUCCCCCGUAGGAGGUGGGGGGGCGGCAGGGGGCGUGGCCUAUGCGGUUAUCCUGUAUCAGAUAAACGGAUAACUUGGCCUGUCCCUAGCCCAUUAUAUUAGCUGGCUUGCUAACCUACGGUUAAAAUAUUUAGCCACAAGUUAGUUAACGCGAAAGUCAGGGAAAGUGUCUAAGGAUUUCCUAAAGAAAAAGUCUACGAAAUUGACAUACCAGCUAAACAAACCGAUUGGAAUUCUGCAACCUUCAAUGAACCUAC